AUGUCUGACACCACAGAAUUGAAAGUAUACACCUCGGAACAGGUGAAGGAACACAACACCGCCGAAGAUUUGUGGAUCGUAUACAACGGCCAUGUAUACGACGUGACCAAAUAUUUGGACGAGCACCCCGGCGGUGAGGAGGUCAUUGUGGACUGCGCCGGCGAGGACGCCACAGAGGCAUUCGACGACAUUGGCCAUUCUGACGAUGCUCACGAAAUUUUGAAGGAUUUGUUGAUUGGAAAGCUCGAAGGUGGCGCUGUCAAACCGGCCAAGGGAGCCUCUUCCAGCAGCGGGCAGACCGAGGCCAGCAGCGUGCCUGUGCCUUUGAUUGCCGCUGCCAUUUUCGCUGUUUUUGCUGGUGUGUACUUUUACAUGAAAUAG